CACCUAGUGUGCCCAGAUUGCACUUGCAAAUAACGAAAAAAACAACAAGGAACAACAGCAGAAAAAGCGACAGCCGGGUAAUGGUUAGAAUUUGAGUAUAAAACAAAAUCCUAAUGUCUAUUUAGAGCAAAAUUCGAAGUAAAGUUUUUACAUUAGGGAGCCCGCACCUAGUGCGACGUGGAUAAGUGUAGCUUAGACUAAUAUUAGGAUCAUUAAAGUACGCCGCAUGACGUAGUUUAGCUUAAAAAGUGAAACCCCUAAGAUCCACCAAUAGAAAACGACUGAUCGGAAUCUAUUAUCUGAUAGUGACGCAGCGCGCCCUGGCAUUGCUGCCGGAGCAGGAUGCUGAUGCGCGGCGUGCAGUUGCUGCAACGUAGACACCAGCAGAUAGGAAGGGCUUUCAGUCAGUGUUCAUCGUCUGUGCGACAGGAUUCUUUGCACGCUUGGAAACGUCAUGACGGGGACAUCUUUAAGGCACAGAUGUGGAAGCGGCCUGGCGGGUGCUACCCAAUUCGCCGCAGCUCGGAGGGCAAUGAUUCUAAGAACGAUGAUGUGGAUGCCACCGGCAGCCUUAAGUUAAUUCAGCCAAAAGAGGUUCCAAGCAUCAAACAGACUAAAAAUUUUGAGGUGAAAACCACCAAGGGCAUCCUCACCAUAAGUACAACCAUCGAGGACUCGAAAAUUAAUGAGAUUGUGUUUGAGAAAUCAGACCUUCCGCCAGUUGCAAAGGCGGUCGCCUCCACCGCAGCUGUUACCGAUUCAAAGCCAUCAAUACUGGCCCCUUCACCCGAAGUGAAGUCUCCGGAAAAGACCAGUGGUGCUACUGUUACUUCUGCCCAACCCCUAUCUCCUUCAGUGGAGGUCCCUCCGCCCGCACCGACGCCGUCUCCAAAGCGGCCGCGUUUCGACUAUCGAGCUUCCUUGGAACGCAACUUUGUAACACCCUCUCGGGCCAUUAGCGACUUUUUGCUGACCGCUACGGAUCUCGAGUCUCUGCCCAAGAUAAAGCGACGAUCGCCCUAUGAACAGGAGCCUCCGAUGACUGUAUACUGGCGGCGUGAUGUUGAGGCUAAAGCCCUUGCGGUUUGGGGAUCCAAGGAAAGUAUAUUGCGAGAGCGGCUCAAGAGAGAAGUAGAACGCAAGCAAUACCAACAAAAUCUGUUCACUGUCAAACGGCGAUUGCGUGACUAUCGCAGGGAGAUUGGGGUCCGCAACGUACCAUUCGAUAACGACAAUGAAGCCGCAAAGUCAGGCCAAGUUGUGGCCACAGCCAUUGCCAUCAAUGCAGCCAAUUUACUGUUCAAGGCAGGUGGUUGGAUGUAUAGCGGCUCACACAGCAUGUUUGCGGAAGUUAUACACUCAUUGGCCGAUCUCCUGAAUCAGCUCAUUCUGGCUUUUGGUAUCUACAAAUCAGCGCAGAGUCCGGAUAUUGAUCAUCCAUACGGAUAUAUGAAUAUGCGCUAUGUUUCGUCACUCAUCUCUGGUGUUGGCAUUUUUUGUUUGGGGUGUGGAUUGUCUAUCUACCACGGAAUCGAGGGAAUUGUUCAUCCCGAGCCCGUAGGCGAUCUGUUUUGGGUGUAUUGUAUUCUAAUGGGUUCUCUAGUUUCGGAGGGAGCCACCUUGGUUGUGGCUAUCAAUGAGCUUAGCCGAGCGGCUAAAGUAAAUAAUGAAACCUUUAAGGACUAUGUGCUUUCUGGAAAGGAUCCUUGUGUAAAUGUUGUACUGUGUGAAGAUGCUGCCGCCGUGACAGGCGUUAUUGUUGCUGGAACGUGCAUGGGCCUGAGUAGCUACACCGGAUCUCCCAUCUUUGAUGCAGUCGGAUCACUGAUCAUUGGAGGUCUUCUGGGUGCCGUGGCUUCAUUUAUCAUUUACACAAAUGCUAAUGCCCUAGUGGGAAUAUCUAUUGCGUCUCAGCGUCUGGAGAAGAUCAACACUGCCUUGGAGGCUGAUGUGAUGAUACGAGCGAUAUACGAUGUCAAGGGCAUCGAUAUUGGCAACGCCCGUGUUCGCUAUAAGGCUGAGCUGGACUUUGAUGGUCGCGAGCUUACGCGUUCGUACCUGGACAAACAGGAUCUGGCUAAGCUGCUUACUACGGUCCGAAGCUUUGAGAAGGUCGAGGACCUAGAAUGCUUUUUACUCGACCAUGGCGAAAACAUUGUGGACCUGAUGGGCGGUGAAAUUGAUCGAAUUGAGAUGAAUCUGCGGACACAAUUUCCGGAAAUUAGGCACGUGGAUCUGGAAAUACUGUAAAGCCCAUCUCGAAAUAAAACAUAAAGCAUUGGGUGAUUGGUUGCUGUCUUAUAGGAAUAUUGCCUGUUAAGCUUAUAUUUAUUUCCCAUUAUUACUUUUAGAUAUAUUUACUGUAUGAUUAAGCAAUUAAAGUGUAUUGCCACGGCCCAAGGAAGGCCUACUUAAUGUUUCUGUUUAGCUUUUUGUAGUUUGUUGAAUUGUAGUUUUUUCCAAUUGAGAUUCCACCCUCCAGUGAAACUAAGACAGAUUGUACCAUAAAUGUUGUAAUUAUAAAGUC